GGAUCAUCUACUCCUACGACUACAAGAGCAGAGCAAGCGAGAGUAAGCCGAGAAAUAGAUGCUAUGCUUGCUCGAGAAAAAGAAUCAAUACUCAAGCGAACAAACAAAGAGCCAAAGAUUCUAUUACUAGGCAGUGGUGAUAGUGGCAAGACGACAUUUAUGAAGCAGCUCAAAAUUAUACAUGGUGGAGGCUACUCAAAUUCUGAACGUGCAAGUUUUAGACCAAUACUUCAUAGUAAUCUUUGUGAUUCAAUACAUGCGCUUAUUCUUGCCUCGGAGCAGCUUCGGAUAUCGCCAAAAGAUACUGUGAUUGAGGAAGUCAUGAUCAAAUUGCUCGAUUUUUGUCAGACAAAAGACCAACUUGUGACUUUGGAGAUUGCAGAGCUUAUGAGCCAGUUUUUUCAUGAUGAAAAUAUUGCAAGUAUCUUGCCGCUACCCGCCUUUUCAAACAUUAUGAUCCAGGAUACAGCGGCCUACUUCUUGUCCAACGUAAAGGAGUUUUCAAAAGAAGAAUACCUGCCCACCGAUCAAGAUAUUCUCAAUCUUCGACUACCCACAUCACAAAUUACAGCAACAAUUUUCCACAUUAACAGCUUCGACUUUCAUAUCUAUGAUAUUGGCGGACAGAUUAAACAUCGCAAGCAGUGGACACCCUAUUUCGAUAAAGUAAACCAGAUUAUAUUUUUUAUUUCACUUGCUUCAUAUGAUCAAGUGCUUGCCGAAGACCCAACCAUCAACCGAAUGCAUGACGCUUUGGAUUUAUUCGAAAAGAUUUGCAAUAAUCCAUUAUUGAAGCAUAUUCCAAUCACACUUUUCUUGAACAAGAAGGAUCUAUUUGAGAAAAAGCUGCUGAAAUCAAAAGUCAAGCAACAGUUUCCGGAUUACGCCAAAGAAAACACACUCAAGUAUGCAUCAAGAUACUUUGAAAAAAAGUUUUUGGCGCAAUAUAACACAAAAGGGUUGUCGGAGGAUGAUAUCAAGCCGAUAUUUACUCACAUUACAUGUUGCACUGAUACUCAAGCAAUGGCCUUUAUCAUCUCCAAUGUGAUUCAGGCGAUGCUUGUAAAAGAUUUAAAGUCUGGAGGGUUGAUGUAGUUUAGUCCUACUGCCAAUCCGGGAAAAUCAAAUACCAAUAGAAAAUAUUGAGCAAAUCUCUUGUUUCCGAAUUAAAACUAUUUGAAUACUUUAACGACCCGCUCCUUUAUUCAAGAUCCGAGCUGCUACUUCAUACAAAUUCGCGUAAGCAGGGUUGCCGUGCAUUUUGAACAGCUGUAGUGUAAGUAUAGGUUUGGAUUUACGGUUUCUUGGAAUGUGUCAAGUCUUGGCCAUACCGAAUAAUUUGGAAUGAAGAACAGCCCUGUGCUCU